AUGGACUUCAUCGAUUGGUUUGCAAUUGGGUGUUUAAUAGGAGUGGUUCUUGUUUUUAUUGCGGGAGGCAUUCGAAUUUGUUGUUGUUCGGAGACGAGUUCUGUGGGGCCGGGAAAGAAGCAGCGCGUGAUGGCUUGUGCUAGAUUGAAGUUUGACACGUGCACCGGGAAGGAGGAAGGGGACGGCGGCUGCGCCAUCUGCCUAGGCGAGUAUAAGGCCGGGGAGUGGCGCGCAACCAUAUCUGAGUGCAAGCACCGGUUCCAUGCUGAAUGUGUAAUGGAGUGGAUCAAGCUUAAGUGCACUUGCCCCUUGUGCAGGCAUUAUCUUGUUUGA